AUGACCGAAACCAUGACAGACAAAACUGAAAUACAAACUCAGCACGAUGAUGCCCUUCUAGAAAACAGUGAAAUCGAUGAGUCACUAUACAGUCGUCAACUAUAUGUCCUUGGACACGAAGCUAUGAAGCGUAUGGGUGCUUCCAACGUAUUAGUUGUUGGUCUUAAGGGACUAGGUAUUGAAAUAGCAAAAAACAUCGCACUUGCAGGUGUCAAAAGCCUAUCUCUCUAUGAUCCGAAUCCAACAGUAAUUUCAGACCUUUCCUCACAAUUUUUUCUUCGACCUGAAGAUCUAGGGGCUCCCAGGGCCACUAUUUCAGCUCCACGUGUAGCUGAAUUGAAUGCUUAUACGCCUGUAAUCAUUCACGAUUCCUCAUGUCUGACCUCUAACCUAUCCCAAUUUGACAAAUAUCAAGUGGUUGUACUUACAAAUACAUCACUAAAAGACCAGCUCAUAAUCUCCCAAUAUCUCCACCAAAAAGGUAUACAUCUCAUCAUCACUGACACAUUUGGGUUAUUUGGAUACAUAUUCUGUGACUUUGGAAAAAACUUUGUGGUCGCGGACGCUACCGGAGAGAAUCCCAUAAGUGGAAUAGUUGCCGGAAUAGAUGAAGAGGGUCUCGUAUCUGCCUUAGACGAAACUCGACACGGUCUUGAAGAUGGAGAUUACGUUACUUUCACUGAGCUCGUUGGAAUGGAGGCACUAAACCACGCGGAACCUAGAAAGGUCACAGUAAAGGGUCCUUAUACUUUUUCAAUUGGAGAUGUCGGUGGCUUAGGGCAGUAUCAAAAGGGUGGGAUAUUUACACAAGUUAAGAAGCCGAAGGUUAUUGAUUUCAGCCCCCUCUCCGAAUCAAUCAAAGGUCCUGAAUACAUUAUAUCCGACUGGGCUAAGUUUGAUCGUCCUCAGCAAUUACAUAUAGGGAUCCAGGCUAUACAUGCAUUUGUUGAGCAGUUCCAGCGCCUUCCCAACCCCAUGGAUACUGAAGAUGCAUCAAUCAUAAUUGGUUCUGCUAAGGCAUUCGUGGCAGAAGAGAAGCUUGAGAUUGAAAUAGACGAGAAACUAAUCUCUGAACUCAGUUAUCAGGCUCGAGGAGACUUGAAUCCAAUGGCUGCAUUCUUUGGAGGACUAGCAGCACAAGAGGUAUUGAAAGCUGUAUCUGGAAAAUUUACACCCAUCAAGCAAUGGCUGUAUUUUGAUUCUUUAGAAUCAUUGCCAGAAAAUACAAUAAGAACAAAGGAAUCAUGCAAACCACUCAACACCAGAUAUGAUGGUCAGAUAAUGGUUUUCGGAAAAGAAUUCCAGGAAAAGAUCGCAGGAAUUUCUCAAUUUUUGGUAGGUGCAGGUGCGAUAGGUUGUGAAAUGCUUAAAAAUUGGGCAAUGAUAGGACUCGGUACUGGGCUUAAUGCCAAAAUCAGUGUCACGGAUAUGGAUUCUAUUGAAAAGAGUAACCUGAAUCGACAAUUUCUAUUCAGAUCAAACGAUGUAGGGAGCUUAAAGAGUGAUUGUGCUGCCGCUGCUGUUGAAAGAAUGAACUCGGACCUCAAAGGUCACAUAGUCACACUACGAGACAGAGUUGGUGUCGAUACUGAAAAUGUCUUCAACGAAGAUUUCUGGCGUAAGCUAGACGGUGUGACUAAUGCUUUAGAUAACGUCGAUGCUCGCCGCUAUGUGGACCAGCGAUGCGUGUUUUUCCAAAAACCAUUGCUAGAAAGUGGAACACUUGGAACAAAAGGAAAUACUCAGGUUGUAAUUCCUCGAUUGACCGAAUCUUACUCUAGCUCUCAGGAUCCACCUGAGCAAUCUUUCCCUAUGUGUACCUUGAGAAGCUUUCCUAACCGGAUUGAGCACACUAUUGCUUGGGCACGGGAUCUAUUCGACUCGCUUUUCGUAAAGCCGGCAGAGACGGUGAAUCUUUAUUUGACACAAGCCAACUACUUGGAAACAAAUUUAGGUGGGGGUGGCUUGGACAAGGCAAACCUUGAAAUGAUACGUGACUUCUUAGUUGAAGAAAAGCCACUUGGUGUUGAAGAUUGUAUCAAAUGGGCUCGAUUACAAUUCGAAAAGCAGUACAAUAACGCGAUUCAGCAGCUUCUAUAUAAUUUUCCGAAAGACUCUAUAUCAUCAAGCGGGCAGCCAUUCUGGUCUGGCCCAAAACGAGCUCCCGAUGCGCUUAAGUUUGAUCCCAGAAAUGAGUUUCACUGGACUUUUGUUGAAGCAGCCACUCACCUACAUGCAUUCAAUUAUAGUAUAAAUACCAAAAGUUUAGAUGCCAACACUAUUCAAAGGGUUCUAGACAACAUGAUUAUCCCUGACUUUAGCCCGAACGCAGCCGUAAAAAUACAAGCUGACGAUAGCGAACCAGAUCCCAACGCAAGUAAUGCGGCACCUCAGGAUAUGGAUGAGGUUUCAGGGAUAAUAAAGAGACUACCAAAGCCCAAAGAUAUGGCAGGGUUUAAGCUUACUCCUGUUGAAUUCGAGAAGGAUGAUGAUUCAAAUUUUCAUAUUGACUUUAUCACAGCUGCAAGCAACCUUCGUGCCGAAAAUUAUAAGAUAGAACUCGCAGACAGACACAAGACAAAGUUUAUUGCCGGAAAAAUCAUACCUGCAAUUGCCACUACAACAGCCCUUGUCACUGGGCUUGUAAUACUUGAGCUCUAUAAAGUUAUAGAUGGGAAGACGGAUAUUGAAAAGUACAAGAAUGGUUUUAUCAACCUUGCUCUACCUUUUUUUGGAUUCUCCGAGCCAGUAGCAAGUCCUAAAGCUUCUUACAAAAGUCACAAUGGAGACGUUAAAAUCGACAAGAUAUGGGACCGUUUCGAAGUCAAUGAUAUAACAUUACAAGAGUUCCUCGAUUACUUGUAUGAAAAAGGACUAAAGCUCACCAUGUUAAGUUCAGGAGUCAGUUUGCUAUAUGCAAGUUUCUUCCCAGCACCCAAGCUUCGGGAUCGCUACCAGCUAAAACUUAGCGAGCUAGUGUCACACAUUUCCAAAAAACCUAUCCCAGCGCAUCAGAAAAGCGUGAUCUUCGAAGUUGUCGUCGAGGAUCAGACAGGUGAGGAUGUGGAGGUACCAUUUAUCACAAUGAACAUGUCAUAA